CGAACGAACUUCCGGCAAAUGGAGGUUAAUGGCGGUCUUCCGUUUGUGGACUUUCUACAGAGUAUUUUUGGGGUUAUGUUUUGCGUUAGCGGUCCUUCAGUUAUUUACAGAGUUUCUCUUUGGCUUCGAAAAUGACGAAGCUCGCAAUGAGGACAGUCUUGUGGCUGUCGACGAUAUUCAAUGGACGGAAAACGACGAGAGAAUCAAGAAAGGGGAUGAUAAAAUAUUUAAUUUCCUGGAAGUGGACGAAAAUUGGAAAGAACGGUAUUCCGAAGAAGAAAUUUAUUAUGAUGAAGUUGAACAUGUCUUGAAGAAUCUCCGAAAGCCUGCAGCAUAUGCUGCAAAGUACAAAUUACCCAUAAUUCUUUGGUGGACUACAUUUACCGGUGGAAAUGACAUCAAGAAGUGCAAACUUGGUGAAUGCUAUUUCACAGAGGCUCGCAAAUUUCAGACCCAUCCAAGGACUAAGGCUUUUAUGUUCUAUGGGACAUCCUUUACAGCAAAUGAUUUGCCUCUUCCAAGACUUGGGCACCACGAGUGGGCAUUGAUCCAUGAAGAAUCACCCAAGAACAAUCCCAUUCUACAUCAUCAAACCACAAUUGAACUCUUCAACCAUACCGCUACAUUCCGUAGGUCAUCCGACUACCCUUUGGUCACUCAAAUGCUUUCAUCUUUAGCUGAAUUACUGAAAAAGCCAAGAUAUGAAAUCCAUGAAAAGGGGACUAGUGGUCUUGCAUCAGUAGUGUACGUGCAGAGUGGAUGUAAUCCACCCUCAGACAGAGAUGAGUACAUUGCUGAGUUAAUGAAAUAUAUAAAAGUUGACUCUUAUGGGGCUUGCCUGCAUAAUAAAGAUCUUCCUGAAGAAUUCAAGAACCCUUUAACCAUGGAUGAUAAAGGGUUCCAUGAUAUCAUUGCAAAAUACAAGUUUACAUUGUCUUUUGAGAAUGCAAUAUGUGAAGAUUACAUAACGGAGAAGCUGUGGAGACCGCUUGUGUUGGGUUCUGUUCCCAUUUACAAAGGAUCGCCGACAGUUCAAGACUGGAUGCCUAAUAAUCAUUCUGUUAUCCUUGUGGACGAUUUUGAAAGCCCAAAGGUAUUGGCUGAUUUUAUCAAAAAGCUGGAUGAAAAUGAUGACGAAUAUGCUAAGUACUUAGAAUUUAAAGAUAAAGGUGUUACUAAUGAGAGGCUGUUAAAGUUUAUGAAAAAUCGCCCAUGGGGAACUUCAUUUGAGGAACAAAACUUCGUGACAGGAUUUGAGUGUCUUGUUUGUGACAGAAUUCAUGAAAAUUUGAAGCGCAAGGCAUCAGGACUUGUAGAAAAUGAGUAUGUUGCUUCUCAAGAACAUUAUGGCUGUCCAAGGCCAGAUAAUUACAAUUUUCCUCAUUCAACCAAUGUUGAUAUUGAAGGAGAAAGAGAAUUUUGGUGGCAAGAGUAUGAUCAAAGUGUUAUAGAAUCAAAGAAACUUAAUCAGCAUGUCUAUUCAAACUGGUACUUUUAACUCCUUUUAUUAACAUCUUUGAAAAUUUAAUUUAAAUGUUUGUAAAUUUUAGUCACAUUUCAUUAAUAUAUGCAAUGUUAAAAGAAUUUUACAUAAGGGCUAGUCAAAGGGGGUAGUGUUGACUUACCUUUAUAAUUUUGCAAAUAUUUUGUAUGAAAGUAAAACAAAAAACAAUAAACUAUGAUAAAUAUUGUACAUUGCUAUCAAUACGAAAGUUAGCAAAAGCUAGGAAAGGGGGGAUAUUGUUGGCAUGUAUGUACAUGUACCAUAUGUUAAAUUACUACCAAGGAAUUGAACUUUGUAAAACAUUUAUUGGUAAUUCUCUUCAUUUGCAUCCUUUUUUAAAGCCUUCCCAAGAAGUUUUGACCAAACCUUAGAAAUGAGAUGAGGUUCUAAUUCAACCUCAAGUGUUUUAAUUCAUUGAUAGUUCAUGGGAGCGGAGAGAUUCUUAACUGCUUAUAAUUAUUAUAGAAAUGAUUACCCUGACAAUCUUGGUAUUUUAAUAUUAAUUUUAAUUAUGUAGAUUUAGCCAAGCCUAAAAGUUAAAGCAGAGCUCCCGGGCUUGGGUGUUCAAAGCCCAAUUAAACUAACCCAGAAUAUGUGAGAAUUUUGAUUUGAGUUCUGUAACUUUGUGGUGAGGUUUUCUUUUUGUAUUGUUUGGUCUUCUGUUUUAAGUUUGAAUAAUCUUACAUGUCACUAAACAGAAGCAGUGAGAAACAUUUGUAUACAAGAAAGAAUUAUACUUUGGUUAAUCCUGGGUUAGCAUUAAUCAGCUUCUGUACAACCCAGCCCUGAUUACAACAAGUUAACCUGACAUGAGCCUGCGAUCCGAUCAAAAACCAGUACUUGACCAGCAGAA